AUGCUAUCCCCGCAGAACAACCAGAUCUGCUUCGCCACCCCGCAGGGCUGGAUCUUCAUCCUGCACGGCGCCGCCCCGUGGGAGACCUGGCUGUGGCAUCCGGUCACCGGAGAGACCAUACCCCUCCCGCCCAUACGAGACGACCACUACAUCCCCACCAACUGCACCUGCUACCUCACCAACAGCUUCGCCGCGUAUCCUGAGUGCGCCGUCGUGCUGCUCGACGUCGCUGACCCUGAUAUGUGGUUCCGCCGAAUCAACGGAGGAAGUAGUAGGGAAUGGGCGCAGCACACAUAUGACGUCGGCGAGUAUACUCUUCCAGAGGGCGACAGCGACGACGACUGCACUUCCACUCCCCCGACCAAGAGAGUCAUAGCUGGCGUGGCCGCCGCCCUGGGUGGGAAGCUGCAUUUCAUCUUCUCAGAAUCAAACCAAUACAAGAUGGGCGUCGUUCACCUCGACUUCGGAACCCCUGCCCCUACGGCUGAGCUUCACACGCUGGAGGACGUGGACGCCGCCAUCACUCUGCCGGAAGGCAUGUGCUCCGGCGUGACCAGGUUGCUGGAGUCAAAGGGGGAGCUUUUCCAGGUCUGCGUUUGCUUCCGGGGAUUUGACCCCAACGACAUCGGCGCCGUCCUUGUCCUCAAGAUGGAUUUCGACCAUGGCCGCCGCUGGCGCAAGGUGCGUGACAUUGGAGACAGGGUCUUCAUGUUGGCUCAUGGAGGCAAUGCGGUUUCUUGCCCGGCGAGCGCGUGCAACCUGCAAAGGAACCGCGUCUACUUCAUGAAGAACUUCCUCGAGGAUGAUGGGGAUCUGUGCAUCUACGACCUGAUGGAAGAAGUCCUUGAGAUUCUUGUGGUUCAUGAAAGGGACUUGACUCUUGCACGCACCAAACCUUAUUGGAUUGUACCGCCUACUGCCUAG